AUAAAUAAAAUCAGAAAGUUUCAAUAUAUGUAGUUAUCAGUAGAUAACGUUUCUGUUGCCACCCACCAUACGAUUAAAAAGUUUUAAACGAAGUGCGAGGUCAUUGGCCCCCCUAAGACAUACCACAGGGGGGCACGUUUAAAAAUAUAAUGCCGCAGUGAUAAUAGUUCAAGUUCAACUUUUGAAAACGGAAAAAUUAAAGACUGAAUUUAUUAUUUCCCGACACCAAGCUACUUAAGUCAGUCUAAUCGACUAAGUGGGGCUUGGCGCGUCUCAAACAGGUUGUUGAGUAAAUGUUGUACAUAACUGAAUAAAUAUUCAAUGCAAUUGAAUAGAAGCAAACACAGAUGUGUAAGGGAAUCAGUGUUGUUUUAUUAUCAUAUCUGUACGUGAUGAUAAUAUGACUUUGUAUAAAUUAUUUCAUUUAGUCAUUUUGUUUGUGACAAAUCGUUGUUGAGUAUGUGAAAAUAAUACAAAAGAAAAAAAUGAUGCAGAUCAACAGGAAGCUGCUUCCCAUUAAGGCCCAUUACUUCUUUUUUAUGGCAGCAAUGGGCCCAAUCCUUCCACAGCUCAACGUCAUCGGUAAAGAAUUGGGAGUAUCUUCCUUUGUGAUGGGUAUAAUAACGGGUAUUCUUCCAGUGUUGUUUCUCCUGGCUAAACCAGUAUUCGGGCUGAUCGUGGAUAUAUUUAGGGACUACAGGAAAUCAAUUUUUAUCGCAUUAAUCGUUGCAACCACAGUUAGCUUCUGGCUCCUGGAUUACGUUCCCCAACAACCUGGACUGCAAAUAGUGUUAAAUGGAACCGACAUUCAACAUUUUAAAAAAUGUGAUAUUAGCAAAAUUAAUACUGAAGCAAAAUGUAGCAAUGUCACCAAACGUGUGACCUGCACUUCUAAUUGUUACGAAUAUCCACAACCAUUUUUGGUAGAAACUUCAAACUCUUCGUCAUUCAAGCAAGAACAGUUGUGCCCUUUGGACACCCUAACCGUCUUUAGUGAGCCGAAUAUUGAAAACAGUACCGACAAUUCGUGUCAUCUCAAGUGCCACCAAGACUUUGAAAAUGGACACGACUGUCUUUAUAAGACGGUCACCUUUUGGUUGUACAUUAUUUUCAUGUGUGUUGGGUCCGUUGGAUUCAACGUGGUCAAUUCUAUCAGUGACGCCAUAUGCUUUGAUGUAAUUGGCGACGAAUAUGAUUACGGAAAGCAGAGAGUAUGGGGUACAAUAGGCUUUGGAAUUUCCGCUCUCAUAGCUGGAUAUGCAGUAGAUUAUUUUUCUGGUACUUCAAUAUCUUACACCCCAGCUUUAAUUGUGAUGAUUAUUUGCUCCGUGGUUGAUCUUUUGGCUUGCACUAAAUUAAAGUUGCCCAUAAUGGAAGCACCCGAGAACAUUUUCAAGGACCUUAGGGAACUGAUGAAAGACAAGAAAGUCGUCGUUUUCUUAGCCUUCACUAUAUUUGCUGGAGUUGUGGACAGUUUUCACAUUUAUUAUUUAUUUUGGUAUCUGGAGGACCUUGCCGAAGCAUCGCAGACAACAAAUAUUAAACUAUUGGAAGGGAUAAUAGUCGCCGCUGAGACGUUAGGUGGAGAAGUUAUUUUUUUCUCUAUAUCAGGUGUCAUCUUAGAACGUUUUGGACACGUCCACUGCUUCAGCAUGUGCUUCAUUAACUAUGCUCUACGCUUGGGAUUACUAUCUGUAGCUCCUAGUCCAUGGUGGGUGGUUCCGAUAGAGUUCAUUUUUCAAGGACCAACGUAUGCUCUUACUUAUACAACAAUAGUGGCGUAUGCCAACGAAUUAGCACCACCUGGAGCCUCUGCUACCAUGCAAGGAAUAGCUGCUGGAAUGGACGAUGGAUUUGGUUAUGCUAUUGGUAGUCUUUUGGGAGGAACUCUAUACAAAUACUUUGGAGGAAAACCAACUAUACAAAUUUUUAGUUUCAUCGCUGUCAUCUGCAGUAUUUUACAUUUGGUUCUGCACAAAACCAUUCUUAAAGAUGGAGAGUCUGCGGAUUCUUCAGUGGAGUACAAAUCACCAGAAGAUGCAAUUAAAAUAAAGUUAGAGAAAGAAAGUGACUGAAUAAAUUAGUUUUUAAAAUUGUAUAUAUGUAAUAAUAGAAUAGGCAUUAAAUUGUAAAUAAUAGGGUAAAAUAAAUAAUAUAAAAUAAAUUAAGUUAUACCUUUGUAUAAAUGAAGAAUAUGCAGUUGUAAAGAUAUGGUUGUUUGAAUAUUAAUAAAUAUAUUUGUUUUUA